AUGUCUUUCAAAAUCUAUGAUUUAACUGUUCUUUGUCCUACAGGCAUGAUGAUGGGGCCCCCACCAAACAUUAUGAUUCCAGCUGGCCUUCCUCCAGGACUGGCAUAUCUUGCCACCCUCAAUGAGGUUCAGAUUCAUCAGAUCAUGGAGAUUGCAGAAAUAUUGAUUGGUUGGGAGAGAAACAACAGAUAUGACAUUUGUAACAACCAGAGCCAGAAGUUCAUGUUUGCUAAAGAAGACACUGACUGCUGCACACGGCAGUUUUGUGGCACUGCCAGACCAUUUGUCAUGAAUGUGACUGACAAUGCUGGACAGCAGUUGAUGAUGAUGAAGCGGCCUUUCCGCUGCCAAGCCUCGUGCAUGUGGUGUUGUUGCUUGCAGGAGAUGGAGAUUGAGUCCCCUCCGGGAGUAUUGCAGGGCACAGUGAAGCAAGUGUGGACAUGUUGGACCCCCAAGUACAGAGUGUACAACUCACAAAACCAGUGUGUGUUCACCAUCUUAGGUGACUGCUGCUACUGCAAGUGCUGCGCGGAUGUGGUCUUUAGGGUGUUUGACGGUGAUGGUGAGGCAAAUGAAGUGGGUCAGAUUGUCAAACACUGGGGCGGAUGUCGAGAGCUGUUUGGUGGAGCUAAUGAUUUCAGCUUGAAGUUCCUGGCAGAUAUGGAUUUGAUGCGGAAGAUGCUGCUGUUUGGUGCAACAUUCCUCAUUGAUUUUAACUACUUUGAGUACAGAGGAAACAACUAG